AUGCCGAAUAUUAGCGCCGAAUUGGUCAAUAAGUCGAUAUUAUUGGUCAAUAAAAAUAACAGUGGGUACAUCGGAACAUAUAUCGUCACCAUGAGAGGUCCGGUAUGGAAGAAGUGGCGCAACAUAUUCAACCCCGGCUUCAGCGCGGGGAAUUUGACCAAUCUUGUCCCUUCUGUCGUCAAGAAAACUGGCAUAUUCAUUUCGAUCCUUGAGAAACACUCAGAAAAGCAAGAUAUUAUAAAAAUGAAAAACCUACUGGAUAAUCUUACCAUGGAUAUUAUUGGACAAGUUGUUAUGUUAGUGUUGUGUUCUUUGGCUGUUUGUUAUUCUCCCUUCUCUUACUAGGCAAUAGGGAGAAAGAUUUCGAUUUUCAGCGUCCAUUCAAUCCAAUAGUCAGCGGUAUAAGAAAGCAAGUUCGUUGGCUAUCUUUCGGGGCAGAGCCAAAUCUUUUCAUCAGAUAUCACCCACUUCGACCAUUUAUACAUUGGUACUAUGGCCCAAAGUCGACAAGCACAUUUCCGGCGAGCUACAAAAGCAUAUAGAAGCCCAUAAUCAAAGCGAUUCCCCCACCAAUAAGUCCGUCGUAGGUCUCGCGCUGAAAGCGUAUGAAUCGGAAAGUUCUCAAGUUUCCCAAACCAAGUCGCCCGAAAGGAAAACCGAUAUGGAUCCUUUCUUUAAAAAGAUCUGUAUUGCUCAAAUCAAACUCUUCCUCUUUUCGGGUCACGAUACAACAUCUUCUUCGAUCUGCUAUACUCUAUAUCUCCUGUCUAAACAUCCGAAUCUUCUCAGACGCGUCCAAGAAGAAUUAGACCAAGUGUUUUCCGCAGACCGGAGACAAAUUUCAGAAAGAAUCACCCAGAAACCAGCACUACUCAAGGAAAUUCCUUAUACGACUGCCGUCAUCAGAGAGUCGCUUCGUUUAUUCCCGACAGUCAGUAGCACUUGUGAUGGCGAACGUGACUUUUUCGUCACCGAUUCUCAUGGACGGAGAUUUCCCACGGAGAAUUUUCUUGUAUGGGUAAAUCCUCAUGCUGUCCAUCAUACACCUGAAUUGUGGGAAAACCCCGAUGAAUUUCAGCCCGAGAGGUGGUCGGAGGAUAAGCGAAAGCAAAUUCCGAAGGGAGCAUGGAGGGCUUUUGAACAUGGGGCAAGGAAUUAUAUUGGUCAGGUAUUGGCAAUGCUGGAGUCAAAAAUUCUCGUGUGCAUGGUUGCUCGAGAUUUUGUUGUGAGAGAUGUCUAUGAAGAGUUAGAGCAGCCAGGUUCGGUUAAGCGAGUAGUGGGGGAGAGGGCUUAUCAAGUUCAAUUAAGCCAACCUGCGGGGGAUUUACCAUGUAGGAUUGAAAGGAUCUAAGAGACGGGUUGACUGGAGGUUCUGUUGUCUCGAAACCGAAGAUCAAUUUUACGCAAUACAAAUAUUCAAGG